ACUUAGUAAGUGCUAAACUAUAAGCUACCUUGUUCAGAUAUAAACAAUCUAACACCAGUGUUUGUGUUAUUCACUUUAUAUACCAUAUUUGAUACACAAACUACUAAACCCUCUUAAUUAUCAACAUGCUAUCAACCAAACUUUGCUGAAAAACCUGUUUUACACAAUCUACCGCAUGCCGUCUGUAAAAGGCCUUUUAGUAUAAUUCUAAAGAAACAUUCCCCUUCAGGUCACGGUCCACGUAUUUUUCCUGUAAAAUUUUUUAUGAAUUUAACAUGAAAACUUUAUAUUGUUAGUAAUAUUUAAAUAUGAACACUUACUAGACUGCAAAAAUAUUACUUGAUUAUCCAUAUGUCAUUAUUUAGAAUAAUCAUGCGAGUACUAAAUAUGAUACAUAAGGCUUUGGACUUUGAGGAACGUUUAUUUGUACAUUUCUCAAUCAUAAUUGCAAUGUUUUAUCCCUCAAAAUUAAAACUGCAGAACUUUGAUCACAAAACUAAGGCAUAUUAUUGGGAGAUAUAAAGUGAAAACUGAUAUUCAUAUACAUUUUAUGUAAGUAGUCUGUUAUACUGUUAUCAAGAUCUCCAGAUUCUCAUAUAUGAUAUGAGCCAUAAAAGCUUCAUCUAUCAUGAGAUACUCAAAAAAAUAUACAUAUAUAUACACAUAAUAUGCACAUUUUUUCCAAAUAAUUUGUCUAAAGAUUCAAUAAACUAGAUUUAGCUUUUCUGACUAUUAGUUCAUAUGUCAGGCUUUACUGAGUUAAAGGAAUAGUUCACCCCAAAAUUUUACUUGUCCUCAUGUUGUUCCAAACCUGUAUGACUUUCUUAGUGUUUGUAGUCCAUACAAUUGAAGUCAAUGGGAACCAACACAAGUUUGACAACAAACAUUCUUCUAAAUAUCUUUAUGUUCCGCACAACAUGGAAAAGGGGAGCAAAUGAUGACAUAACUGUCUUUUUUUUUUUUUGAGUGAACCAUCCUUCUAACUUGUGCUAUAGACAAAGGAGACUUUCCUGCAGACAUGUGCUGUGAACUCUGUGGUGGAGGAGCAAGGGGGUGGGUCACGUCUCCCAUGUAAGGAAAUCCAGCUGGGAAGCAUGGCCUCCAUUCAGCGGCCAAGUGCGCAUUUAUAAUCUGGGCUCAGUUAUUAUUUGUCUGGAUGAUAGAAAGAUGUUUUGAUUCCGCCAAUAUGUGCAACCCUUCAGAUUUUGACAAAACCAAUGAGAGUCGCUCUCGCGUAUAAGCCCCGCCCUAAAAUGCUGGAUCAUGGCUGGACUGAACCGAAAUCUUCAGACCUGCUGCAGGAGGGGGUCAAAGUUCAGUGUUAGGCAGUUGAAGAUGGCCCUGCUGAGCUCUCUCCGGACCCCAGGUCUCCGUGGGGCCCUGUGCUACACCGGGACCAGGAGCAUAUCCUCAGGAACCCUUCUUAUCAAAGAUUCACUGAACUUCUGGAGUGGUGGCCGAGUCAGUCUUAAAGAUGUGAAAACCAAAACCGAACCUGUACGUGAGCCUGCGACAGGCCGUGUCUUGUGCCAGCUACAAGCUUGUGGUUCUGCAGAUGUUGAUGCAGCUGUUAGGAGCGCCAGUGCUGCUUUUACAGUGUGGAGUAAACUGGCAGGCAUGGAAAGAGCCAGAGUCAUGCUAGAGGCGGCUAGACUCAUUGAGAAGAGAAGAGAGGAGAUUGCUGAGAUAGAGGUGGUCAACAAUGGCAAGUCCAUCACCGAAGCCCGUCUAGAUGUGGACUCAGGCAGACUGUGCAUUGAGUAUUUUGCAGGACAAGCCACCACUCUUUCAGGUCAGCAUGUUCAGCUGCCAGGAGGUUCGUUUGCUUACACACGUCGGGAGCCGUUAGGUGUGUGUGUGGGAAUAGGAGCCUGGAACUACCCCUUCCAGAUUGCAGCCUGGAAAUCUGCCCCUGCCAUCGCUUGUGGCAACUCUAUGGUGUUCAAGCCAUCACCGGUGACCCCUGUGACUGCAGUGCUGCUGGCUGAGAUUUAUUCACAGGCUGGGGCUCCUGAGGGCCUCUUCAAUGUGGUGCAGGGCGGACAGGAGACGGGUUCUCUGCUGUGUCAUCACCCAUCUGUGGCGAAGGUCUCAUUUACAGGAAGUGUGCCCACAGGCAAGAAAAUAAUGGAAAUGGCCUCCCGGGGGCUCAAACCAGUGACACUGGAGCUCGGUGGUAAAUCUCCACUGAUCAUCUUUGAGGACUCUGACCUAGAAAACGCUGUCAGAGGAGCCCUCAUGGCCAACUUCCUGUCUCAAGGCCAGGUGUGCAGCAAUGGCACCAGAGUUUUUGUGCAAAGCUCAAUUCUUCCUCAGUUCUUGAAGGAGGUGGUCAGGAGAACUAAAGCCAUCCAGAUCGGAGACCCUCUGUUGGAUGAGACUCGUAUGGGAGCUCUGGUCAGCAAACCACACCUGGAAAAGGUGCUGGGAUAUGUGAAACAAGCUAAGAAAGAGGGAGCCAGAGUGCUCUGUGGAGGGGAGCCCUUCAUCCCAGCAGAUCCUAAACUAAAAGAUGGAUACUACAUGACACCAUGUGUGCUCGAUGGCUGCACAGAUGACAUGACAUGUGUCAGAGAGGAAAUCUUUGGGCCUGUGAUGUCGGUACUGUCCUUUGACACCGAGGACGAGGUUCUUCGCAGAGCCAAUGACAGCGCUCUGGGUCUGGCCGCAGGAGUCUUUACUAAAGAUGUUAAGAGAGCCCAUCGUGUUAUAGAAAACCUGCAGGCUGGAUCAUGCUUCAUCAACAACUACAAUAUCACCCCUGUGGAGGUGCCGUUUGGAGGAUACAAGGCCUCAGGUAUUGGAAGAGAAAAUGGCCAGGUGACCAUUGAAUUUUACUCUCAGUUGAAGACUGUAGUGGUGGAGAUGGGGGAUGUGGACAGUCUAUUUUGAACACGAGCCAGGUGUAUUCUGGUUGCAGAUCAAUGACUGCAUCUUACAGAAAGCUCUUAAGUUAUAGAAAUAUUAACUGUUAUUGAGUAUUAAUGUUCUCCACCACUAAUGGACCAUGUUUCGCGUGCCAGCAUAAUUUCUGUUAAGUAAUGACAGCUGCCUGUGAAUAUUUCACAAUAAAGUGCCUGUACUGUAAGGAUGGCAUGAUUCUUAAUGAGCAUAAAGAAUGUAAACUGCAUUAUUUUAAAGUAACUGUUAUUAUAUUUGAUUGUUAAAAAGCUUCAAUGGGAUAUUUUGGUUAAUGUGCAUGUGUAUCAGACAAUGCUUGUGCUGUGAAUAUAUGCUUUACCUAUUCAUUUGGUUGAGGAGACACUAUACAUGUAAUAUUUUUGAACUAAUGACAAAAAAUGAUGCAUCAUUGUACUAAAAAAGCGUGUGUAUAAUGAAGGAAUAUAUCAUGUAAGGUAUUGUUUAUUUUAUGUAUAUACUCAUACAAGCGGCUGAUGUGUCAUGCAUCCAGCAUCGUUUUGUACUACAAACAAGAAGUCCAAUCAAUAAAUAUAUAAAUUCUAGAAUAUGAGGAGGAUGAUGAAUUCCCCAGAACUAAUUACCCAGUCAAAAACAUUUUAAACGUCUAUCUGGUAAAAGGACAU